GGGGCGGGGGGAGGGAGGAGGGGGGAGCGGCAGGAUCGUGUUGCGAGAACGUUUCCGAGGGAAGCUUGCGAAACGGGCAUUUAGAACGUCGUCCCCGUCGGCGACUUCCAGACGAAAAACAGGCUCGAGAGUCCGCAGCGCGACGCGACGGCGAUUUCGCGCGACCUUGAGUCGCACGCUACGCUAGAGACGUCCGAGGUCGUGUGAAAUCGCGCCUUCGCGGCUCUUGCCGAGAGCUCUCGCAAGUCGUCCUUCCAGAUGCACUCGGCGCUCCCGAGGCUCCGCGGCUCGGUCGAGCGGCUGCCGCGAGCGGUAUAAAAGAGCCGCUUUACCCCGCGGUCAUUACAGUGCGGGUCAGCGCGAUUGCACGACCCGGGGUGUCACCUGGGAAAGCUCCGCCAAGCAGCGCGGCAGCCGCAGCUACGAGAAGCGAGUCCGCGGACUGAUCUGUGGAGCGUCAUCAGAGCGGGAGCUGGUCACGAGGAAAUGAAGAUUCGCGAAGGAUGGGCCGCCGGCGCGGGGCUGUGCGUGACCUUCGCUCUGCUGAGCGUUUGCGCGCGUCCGUUGAGAGAGCGAGAUACCGAGACGAACGUCGUCCGCUGGGAAUCGUCUGACUCGGAAGCGAUGGCCGCCGGCUACCUGCCGUUCCGUCGGAAAGCCGCGACGAAAUCGCCCGAGAUCGCCGACGACAGCCUGGAGAAUCUGCAGGGAGACGUCGAGGAGGACGUGGAGAUGGUACCGUCAACAAUGAGGGCUAUUACCGCCAAGGCAAAGAGCGACGUGGUCCUGCUGCCUUUGAUCAUAGAACCCGAGGCGGAGAUGCUGCCGCCCGGCUAUAAGGGCGUCAAGCCACCCGGAGUCAGCCACAUGGAACUCGUGUUCAUGAAACCGCAAACCGGCCGAUCGGACCGCCGUAGGAGCGCGGCCUCGUCGACGCCCGAUGGGAAUCCCACUGAUUCGCCCUACGGAUUCGAUCGGAACCCUGACGCGUAUUACGCGGCGUCCGAGCGCGAGACGCAGCUGACGAGAGGCGGCGGUAAGCUUGCCGGCUCCGAGCUCGCCGCCGCGGGCGUCAGCAAGAAGCACAGUGCGAGCAGCAGCUACGUCGAGUCGUCGGCCGAAGGCAGGAGCCGCUCCGAGGACGAGAGACGCGCCGCGAAGCACGCUGGUAGGGCCGCGGAGAAGAAGGACGUGAGCCACGAGAGCGGGGGCAGUGGCGGCAGGGCCCGCAACAGCGGUGGCUACCGCAGUGUUUAUCAGCGGGACGAGGCGAAGAAAGACGCGGAUUUCUACGACAACGCGCGUCAGGGUGGGCUCUUCGAGAAGCACGGUCGAUACGGCGAGAAGCACGGCGCCGUCGAGGGAUCAUACGGCAACGGCAGCCGCCACGAGUCCAGCCGGGUCAAGACGAAGACCAAUAAGCGGCGCAAGUUGGAGGUGCCGAAGGCCAGCUGAGAAGCCCAAGGUCACGGCAUGGUGGAUCCCGCGGGAACUUGGACGGAUUCGUAAGGCGGAGGCGCAGCGUCGGAGCUUCGCUUUCAACGACGACGGCCGGACGAGCGUCCGCACGCGCGACGCUCGCGUGAGACUCACGGUUGCACGGUUGCGCUUGAUAGCCGAGGGAGAUAUCGAAGACACGAGCGGACGAGUGUUGAUAGAUCGAUCACGGUACGUCUCUUCGUGCGCGCGCCAUUCGUUCGCACCGCGACGUCGCGCUUCGUUUACGUGAACAUCACGCGCGUACGUUUGGCCGAGCACCAACUCGGAUUAUGUCGUCGUUUGCAUAUCCCCUCGCCGAUCUUUCACCGAGGUAUGAAGUAAAUUGCGAAUUAAGCAACGUGCACAACGUCUUGUUCCCUCGAUAUUCCAUAGCUGUCUCCUCGUCCUCCUCCCCGACGGCGAGCCGACAUACCUCGCGGUCCUCCAGCUGGACGCCGAGGUAUUCGCGAACCUUGCGACCGACGAGAUCCGCCGUCUCGCGUGCGAUUUCACAUCUGUGGGCGCAACUUCGGCGAUCGAGCGCGCUCCGAAACGUCCGGCACCGGCAGCGGCCGCAUAAUGACCUGUUAAUAAGGCCCGCAUUGUUGCGCCGAGAAAAUGCGAUCUUUUGGCGGCCCGCCGCGGUCGAAAUGAAAAUGAAGGCGCGUAAUUGAUGUAUACGACGUUUACCCCGAGUAGAAAAAUUAAUAGGACUCUGGUAAGGUAAGGGCCUGAUUAUUUUUCCCUUUUAAUUAAUUGGGCCCUAGUAAGGAUAAAAAGACAAGGGCCCUACAAGAUGUGUAACAAAUGUUUUAACCGGUCCUUUUAAGGUAAUUAUAAGAGCCUUAUAAGGCAAUAUCAGUAGGGUCUUAUAAGGCAAUAUU